AUGAUACCACCUGCGUUGACUGUUCAAACCAUUGUAAUAAUUGCGAAUCAGGAACUCAAUAUAGUCAAUGGAUAAUGUGAGGCAUGCACAAGUACUUAAUACUACUCUUCUGGCCAUUGUUAUGAUUGCUCUACUACUUGUAAAUCAUGUUUGAACAGUGUAUCAAAUUGCAAUCAAUGUUUACCUUGUGCAAGUCAAUGUGUGGAGUGCGAAAGCUCUAGUUAAUGUACUAUAUGUAUUCCUGGAUAUUGGCUUAAUAAUUCCACUUGUACUAAAUGCAAUGAUAAAUGCACCACUUGCACAUCUGAAACUACAUGCUCAUCUUGCACUGAUGGCUACUACAUUGACGGAACUUCAUGCUAAACUUGUCCAACUGGAUGUACUAAGUGCAACAGUGCUUCUGAAUGUACUUCUUGCCAAUCAAAUUAUUAUUUGGAUGGUACUUGUAAAUAAUGUUCUCCUGGAUCAUUCAUAUCAGGAAAUGGUUGCUCUGAUUGCAACAGCCUUUGUGCCACCUGUGAAACUUCAGCCACCAAUUGUUUAUCCUGCUUAUCCAAAUACUUCUUGAAUAAUAAUUCCUGCUCAUAAUGCAUAAACCACUGUGACACUUGCGAAUCCGAAAAUGUUUGCUCAACCUGUCUUGUUGGAUAUUAUUACAUCGAUUCAAGUAAGACUUGUGAAGCUUGUCAAUCUCCCUGCACACAAUGCUCGGUAUCUGGAAAUACAAAUUGUUCAAGUUGUCAUGCUUGUAACUCACCGUGCCUAAAUUGUUUAAAUGCUUCAACAUGCGAAACUUGUGUCAAUGGACAUUACUUUGAUGGAGCGCAAUGCUAAUUAUGCGCUUAAGGGUGUACUGCAUGCUCUGGAUCAUUAUCUUCACAAUGUUCAACUUGCAACGAAUCAUAUUAUCUUGAGGGUACAACUUGCAAAAUUUGUCCUCAAUAAUGCCAAUCCACUUGUUAAUUCUUAAAUGGCUCUGUAAAAUGCGAUUCUUGUGCUUCUGGCUACUUUGGUGAUGCUUGUGACUAAUGUUCUAUGACCUGUAAGACUUGCAUUGAUACCUCUAUAAAAUGUACUUCGUGCAAUAUUGGAUAUUACUUAAAUGGAGAAACUUGUACUGAAUGUGCCACGCAUUGUGUUACUUGUGCUGAUACAACUGGCUACUGUUUGAGCUGCGAAGGUCAAUAUUUGGUCGAUGAAUUCAAUAAAUGUGCAAGUAAUUUAUCAUUUCUAUCAAACACUAUCUUGCUCAAAUUGUACUUGUGA